AUGUCUCAGGCGGCACACGGCACGGACAUUGUUCCCAUGCCUCGGUGGUCAACCGCCGUGGGUUGCGCUCGAGUCGCUCUCGCUGUUGUUGUGCUCGCCUUGACUGCCGCCGCCACUUCGAUCUGGGGAAGCUAUGAUGCAUUUGGGGUCACCCUGUUUACAGCAUCGGCAAGUCUGAUCAUCUUCGUAUACUACUUCAUCGCCCUCUCACGCCAACCAAAUCUGUACAACCGCUGGGCAGUCCUGGGUCUCGAGAUAUUCGGAGUGAUAUUCUGGUUGACAAGUUUUGCCUUGAUGGCGCAAUGGACCAGUGUAUACAAUGGGUGGUGGUACGGUAACGGCAACAGCUACGGCUUUUGGGAUGCCCCAUACCGCCCUGAGGAUGUUGGGUUUGCGAAGCGCACAGUUGUCAAGAGAAGUGUCAACAAGUACCACGCGGGAGUUGCCCUGGCCGGCACAGCUGCAGGCCUCGGAGCGGUUGAAUUUGUUCUCUAUACCCUUACCCUGACGGUUUUCGGAAUGUCGCUGCACCAACAGCGCAUGAGUGCCACGCCCACAAAUGCUCCUGCUGUGUCGGUGACGGAUACGUCGCCAGAUGUUGAGGCUGGCACACGCGACAAGACUCCAGAACCCGAUACCGCGGCCAAGACAGACGAUGAGCCUGCCACGGUCUAG